GUGGGUUACUACCAUUGGUCGGAUUUUGCGUUGCGAUCGCCGGUUCCGCGUCGGAGGUGUCCAUGAGCCGCGUUUCCCGCAUUCCGAACAAGAACUAGCCGACAUCAAUUGGGAGCGGGUCGGGAAUACUUCACAUGUCUGCGUAGGGGGUGUUAUUAAAUUGAGGGGUUUGGGGUGAUGAGCUAGCAUUGUUGAAGAGUAACAAGACUGAAAAGCCGGGGUUUUCUCUUGAGAGGAGAAUACCACCUCAGGGCUGGUGGUUACAUCGCGACAGAGUAUAUUUAUCAGUAUCGACAUCACAAUGGCGUCUGAUGAAGCCAAAACACAAGUCUCCCGGGAGACCUUCCGGGAGAUCAUGGCGCCUCUGGGCUUCAGCAUGAAGCCUGAGGAUGAAGUCGGGUAUCUUGAGCUCCUGGAGAACACCUUAGAGUCCAUGGACAUAGUGGACCAAAUGCCAGAGUACAUCGAUCCACGGCUGAAGCCUAACCUGGAUCCGGACAACACGCCACGGGCUUAUAGACGACCUACGUCUGAAGAGAACCCGCUGAAUGCGUGGUCGCAUCGAACUGAACUCAAAUCCCCCAACCCCGAAUCCUCCCGCGGCCACCUGGCCGGCAAAACCCUCGCCGCAAAAGAUAACAUCUGCCUUUCCGGCAUCCCCCUGACCGGCGGCACGCAAGAAUACCACCUCUGCCGCCAAGCGCCCUAUCCAAUCCCCGACAUCGACGCCCCUGUCAUCAGCCGCGUUCUCGAGGCAGGCGCCACCGUCCUCGGCACGUCAACGUGCGAGAACUACUGCAUGUCAGGGCUUUCGCUGUCGAGUGCUACGGGGCCGGUGCAGAAUCCGUGGUUGAAGGGGUAUUCAUGUGGGGGAAGUAGCAGUGGGUCGGCGGCGUUGGUCGGGGUGAAGGUCGUGAGGAGGUGGCGGGAGGCGAGGGGGUUCAAUGUGCAGGAUGGGGAGUUGGGGGAGGGGGUGGAUUUGGCGAUUGGGGGGGAUCAAGGGGGGAGUAUCAGGAUACCCGCAGCAUAUACCGGCAUCUACGGCCUGAAACCCACCCACGGGCUAAUACCGUACACUGGAAUCUGUCCCCUCCACCCACUCAUAGACCACGCCGGCCCCAUGGCUUCCUCGGUCCGCGACCUAGCCCUCCUCCUAACCGUCUUGGCGGGAUACGAUGGUAUCGAUCCCCGCAUGACCCCCGAGUGUCCUCUUCGGUCCUCCGUCCCGUCUUACCAUGACCUGCUCGACGAUGCCAUUGCCGUCCGCAAGCCCACAGGUAAUUGGACGCCUACUACCGCCGCUAAAGGGCUCAGGGUCGGGAUUCUGACUGAAGCUUUUGCUGUGCCGCAGCUGAAUCCUGAUGUUGCGGCUACGGUAAGGAAAGCAGCUGAACGAUUCAGGGCGUUGGGAGGUGAAGUGGAGGAGGUCUCCAUCCCGCUUCAUGCUAAAGCGCCCGCUAUUUUCACAGCCACUACAAGGGAGCAUAUGGCAAGCACUUUCCUGCACAACUCGGCACCGACACUGUUGUCGUACUCCCUACCCAACCUUGACCCCCCGAAACCAGGACAGGACUGGUACGAGACCAUGAACCGAUCCAACCCAGCCGUGGUGAGCGCGCUAGUUGAUGGCCACUACCUCGACUCUCAAGCCCGAUACCCGCCGCGAGUAAGGGCGAAGGCGAUAACGCAUGUCCAUGAGCUGCGAGCGGCUUACGAUGCUGCACUCGCUAAAUACGACAUUCUGAUCACGCCGGCGAACCCGACGGUGGGGAAGAAGCAAAGAAGCAGUGCUAAGGGAGAUAUGGAUGGAAUGGGACAGAAGGGGUUUGUUGAUUUGGUUUUGGGGAAUACGGCCAAUACGAUGCCUUUUAAUGUCACGGGACAUCCGGGUUUGAUCAUGCCGGUGGGUUGGGGAAGGGUCGAGGAUGGAGAGGGGAGGUUGCCAGUGGGGAUGCAGAUUGUGGGACGGAGGUGGGAUGAGAGGACUGCUUUGUUUGCAGCUGCUGCUUGGGAGGUUGGAGGAUUGGGGCUGGACGAGGAAUAGGCGGCGGUGAUGUAUUGGGGUCGUUGGUGGUUUCUUUAUCAGCUAGAUCCACUUUGCUGGGGAAAAAUACUCGCCGGCGAUUACUAGCAACGAAGUCAAAGUGCGGUGUAUAGUUGGAACAUCUAUUUGAUUGGCCAUGUUCUGGGUAGAAUGGAGAUUUCCUCUUUUUUUUCUCUCUUCUGAUGGUGGUUGUUAGGGACUUGUUCAGGUUCUUCAGAUAUUCUUCGUUCGCGGGGCGAAAAGUGAUUAGGGGGUCAAAAUAC